CAGAGAAGAAGAGCAGCUAAACAUUGUCCAUGUGGAUCAUCUGACGAGCUCGUUUAUUACUUAUUAAACAGUAAAUAUGGGUAAAAAGGGUAAAAAAGAGAAGAAAGUAAAGGGCGCGGAGAAAACCGCUGCCAAAAUGGAAAAGAAGGUCUCCAAGAGAUCCAAAAAAGAAGAGGAGGAUCUGGAGGCGCUCAUCGCCGAGUUUCAGUUACUGGAUGCGAAGAAAACUCAGGUGAUGGAGAGCGCGUGUCCUCCUCCGUCUCCCAGACUGAACGCGUCUCUGAGUGCUCAUCCCGAGAAAGACGAGCUGAUUCUGUUCGGAGGAGAGUUCUUCAACGGAAAGAAGACCUACCUGUACAACGAUCUGUUCUUCUACAACAUAAAGAAGAACUCCUGGGUGAAAUCGGAGAUCCCGAACCCUCCUCCACGCCGCUGCGCUCACCAGGCGGUGGUGGUACCUCAGGCCGGGGGGCAGCUCUGGGUGUUCGGGGGAGAGUUCGCGUCUCCGAACGGUGAGCAGUUUUAUCACUACAGAGAUCUGUGGGUUCUUCACCUCAGCACCCACACCUGGGAGGAGAUCAGGGCUUCCGGGGCGCCGUCGGGCCGGAGCGGGCAUCGCAUGGUCCUGUGCAAGCGGCAGCUCCUGGUUUUUGGAGGAUUUCACGAGAGUGCGAGGGAUUACAUCUACUACAACGACGUUCACUCGUUCAACCUGGACACCUUCACCUGGUCCAGACUGACCCCGUCCGGAACCGGACCCUCGCCACGCUCCGCCUGCCAAAUGACCGCGACGCCCGACGGCACCGGGGUCAUCAUCUACGGGGGGUACUUCAAAUCUCGAGCCAGAAAAGACGUGGAUAAAGGAACGAUCCACUCAGACAUGUUCCUGCUGAAGAGAGACGACAAAGAGGAUGAAGAGCGGUGGUGCUGGAGCCGCGUGAGUCCGGCGGGUGUGAGGCCUCCUCCCCGCUCCGGCUUCACCCUGGCGGUGGGACCGGGGGGGCGAGCCGCCCUGUUCGGGGGGGUGUGUGACGAGGAGGACGAGGAGACGCUGGAGGGAGAUUUCUUCAACGACCUUUACCUGUACGACAUCAUCAAGAGCCGCUGGUUCCCCGCGCAGCUAAAGGGGGGUAAGUCGGAGAAGAAGAAGCGGCGCAGGGGGAAAAAGGACUCGCAGGAGGGCGGGCAGGAGAACCAGAGCGAGCAGGAGCGCGGUGCAGAAGGGCCGGCCGAGAUCGUGAAGGAAAUCGUCACUGAGGACGGAACCGUCAUGACCAUAAAGGAGGCGAUCACAGGGGCACAGGAGAGCGAGGAGGAGGAGGACGAGGAAGAGGAGGAAGAAGGAGCUUCCUGUCCGGCGGUGGAACCGUGCCCGAGGUCGAGCGCCAUGGCGGCGGUGAAGCACGGGAAGCUGUACUUAUACGGCGGGAUGUUCGAGGUGGGAGACCGACAGUUCACCCUGAACGACCUGUACUGCCUCGACCUGCACAAGAUGGACCAGUGGGACGUGCUGGUGGAGAUGGACCCCAAGACUCAGGAGUGGUUAGAGGAGUCGGAAUCAGAAGACGAAGGUGAGGAAGAGGAGGGUAAAGCGGCGGAGGAUGAGGACGAAGACGAGGAUGAGGAGUCUUCUGAGGAAGACGGCGACGAAGACGAAGAGGAUAAACAUCCAGCGGUGAAGUCCGGAGAGAGUCUGUCUGAUUAUCAGGGCCGGACCGAGACGUACUGGCAGGGUCUGGCACGCGCCAACAUGGGCCCCGAUGCCAAGGAGAAGAAAGUACAAAAAGUGGCCGUCGCCAUGGCCAAGGUGUUCUACGAGGACAGUAAUUAAACGAAUGAUUGAAUCUG